GCUCAAGCACUACGUCACGGAGCCGGAGGAAACGCCUGCCUUCGACAAGCUUAUGAACAGCGUGCUGCUUUUGAACCUGGUGCUGGUUCUGGUUGAGUCAGCCUACAAUCUCAACAACUGGGGUGACCCACCGGUUUGGACUGGAUAUGUUGAGCUGGUCUUCUCGUUCGUGUACUUGGGCGAGGUCGCAGUGAAGGUGGCCGUGCGCACGUUCGACGUCUACUGGCGCUCUGCAGCCAACCGUUUCGACUUCUUCACGACCUUUCUGCUGCUGUUUACAAGUGUUCUGCCUUACCUUCCUCAUAGU